AUGAAUUCGCUGUAUAACCACGCGGUGAAGCAGCUUAAACAAGUGAAAAAUGAGCUUGACCGGCUCGAAGUGGCACCCAGAGACGCUCCACUAGCCUUAAUCGGACAAAUAUCUGCUAGCUUAACUUCAUUUCAGCGUACCCUUGAUAGCUAUGCGGCGGCGGCCGCCAAAGAAGUCGAUGGCGAAAAGAAGCAGACAGCCACCGAACGACUCACCAACUUCCGUUCUGAGCUGCAAACCAGCAGGGACCGGUUAAAAAAUUUGAAGGCUGCUCAGGACGAUGCCAUUGCCUCGCACAACCGCCAGGAACUGUUUGCCAGACGGCCCCAGACUGACGCUGGAAUGAAUCCUUACGCUGCAGGACCGGCAAGCGAUAUUUCCAGAGAGCAGGGUUUGGCCAGAGAGGGCGAUGUCUUGUCCCGAGCGGGUCAGCAGCUAGACGAGUUCAUUGAGCGGGGCCGGCAUGCUUUAGGGGACCUGUCCGAUCAAAACGAGAUGCUCCGCGGGACACAGCAGACGUUUCGAAAAGCUGCAGCGACGCUGGGGCUCUCCCAAGAAACUAUUCGCAUCGUUGAGCGACGAGCCAGAGAGGACAAGUGGAUUUUCUAUGGCGGGGCGGCUACGAUGUUUGCACUCUUCUACUUGAUUGUCCGCUGGUUGCGAUAA